AUGGAGCUUUGUUCAGAUUCCAUGACGACCGUCCAACAGGUCUCAAAGCGGAAAGGAGGCCUUAUUACCAUGCCGUUUAUCAUAGCAAAUGAGGCAUUUGAGAGAGUUGCAAGUGUUGGCCUUCACAUAAACAUGAUCUUAUACCUGACAGGCGAGUAUCACUUCGAUAAUGCCACAGGUGCAAGCAUUUUGUUUUGGUGGGCAGCCAUUUCAAAUUUCAUGCCUACCUUUGGAGCUUUUCUUUCUGAUUCUUACUUGGGUAGAUUUCGCGUGAUUGCGCUCGGAUCAGUUGUUAGCCUCCUUGGACAAGCUGCUUUGUGGUUAACAGCCUUACUUCCAGAAGCAAGGCCUCCUCAUUGCGCGCACUAUCCAGACAAUUGUGCCAAACCAAACGCAGGCCAGCUUGCUCUCCUCUUUUCAGCUUUUGCACUGAUGUCCAUUGGAGCUGGAGGCAUUAGGCCAUGCUCUUUAGCCUUUGGGGCUGAUCAAUUUGAUAACCCUGAGAACCCAAAAAAUCAGAGAAUCUUACAGAGCUUUUUCAACUGGUAUUAUGCUUCUGUGGCAAUAUCGGUCAUCAUUGCAAUCAUAGUCAUAGUGUAUAUUCAAAAUAAACUUGGGUGGGUUUUGGGAUUUGGAGUUCCCGUGGCCCUCAUGUUGGUUUCAAUUGUUACGUUUUUCUUGGGUUCUAAACUAUAUGUCGUGGUCAAAGCAAACAAGAGCUUGAUGACUGGUUUUGCUCAAGUAUUAGUCGUGGCCUGGAAAAACAAACACCUAGCUUUGCCACCAAAAAUUUCAGAUGGAGGGUAUCAUCAUGAGAAGGGGUCUAAUCUCGUUUCUCCCACUGAAAAACUAAGGUUCUUCAAUAAAGCUUGCAUUGCGAGAAACCUCGAUGGAGGGUUGGAGGCUGACGGAUCAAUUUGGGAUCCCUGGAAAGCCUGUACGGUUGAACAAGUAGAAAACUUGAAAGCACUUAUCAAAGUACUACCAAUCUGGUCUACUAGCAUCAUGAUUGCCGUAACUAUUAGCCAGAAUUCUUUCCCUUUGCUCCAAGCAGGCACCAUGGAUAGGCGCAUAAUUGGAAACUUCAAAAUUCCACCAGCCUGGCUCUAUGUCUUUGCAGUCCUAACAAUGGGAAUAUGGGUGGCUAUCUAUGAUCGAAUACUCGUUCCUUGGCUAGCCAAGUACACGAAGCACAAACGUGGCCUUAGCUUCGAGCUGAGGAUCGGAACUGGCCUAUUUCUUUCUUGUCUGGCCACAGGAAUGGCAGCGGCAGUAGAAAGAACCAGAAGAAACAGAGCAAUCAGCUUAGGAUUAGCAGAAAAUCCACUAUCAGUAGUGAACAUGUCUGUUUUUUGGUUAGCACCACAGUAUUGCAUGACUGGAUUAGCCGAGGCGUUCAAUGCUAUUGGGCAGAUAGAGUUCUAUUAUGCUCAUUUCCCAAAGAGUAUGGCUAGCAUUGGAGUGGCCCUUUUUGCAUUGGGACUGGCUGUUGGGAACUUGGUAGCAAGUCUGAUUGUGCUGAUAGUGGAUCAUGCUUCUAAAACUGAUGGAAAACCUAGUUGGGUUUCGAAUAACCUUAACGAAGGUCACUACGAUUACUAUUAUUGGGUACUUUGCCUUCUGAGUUUAGUCAAUUUCUUCUACUUUAUCUUCUUGUACUUCUUCGUCGACUGUUACGGGGAAGAAAAGUUCAGAGAUAACAAUGAGGGAGAAUGCAUGGAGGAAAAAGAAGAAGCGAGUGCCAAGUCAGUCAGCAGUGUCUUCUAG